AUGUAUAUGAAUAAUAACAACAAUAUAAUAAAAAAUAAUGAAAGCAAAGAUCGUUCAGAAACAUUAUUUUGGUCUGUCUUUAGGAAUAAAUGGUUAUUUUCCAAAAUUUUUUCAAAUUUUACUCUAAAAGACUCUUAUACAUAUGACCAACUUAUAUAUGCUCCAUCAUUGUUUAAUUACUAUAGCAAUGCGGUUGAAAUAGUCCAAGAUAAAAUUAAGUCCAAUGGGUAUUUAGUUUUUGAUACAAUAUACAGCCAUGGUCUAUUAGAAAUGGCACCAUCAAUUAGAAAGGAUACCAAAGAGAAUGUAGAGCUGCUUGAAUCUUUUUUUAAAAAUCGUCCCUCAAUCUCUUCUAAUGUCGACAACUCCAUCCUAUUUGCCAUUCACCACUCAAAUUUAUUUUUAUUUAAAUUUAUUGUCAAUUAUUUUCAGCUUUCAAAAAAAGAAAUUACAACUUCGACUUCAAAAAUCACCUCGUUCCAUUUUGAUAUUGAAAAGAACAUAUCAGAUGUCAAGGCAUUUAAAAUAUUAAAAUAUCUAAGAGAAAAUGACUAUUUCCCAAAAAUAGAUGUUGAUUUUAGAUAUUUUAAUAUCUAUGACAAAAAAAUCAAAUUAAAGUAUAUAAUGAAAUUUAUAGAGCUAUUAACAGAAUUUAAAGGUACCAAAGAUAAAAAAUCAAAACUAGAGACCAUUAAAGCCAUUUAUGAAUUCUCCGAGGAUGAACUGAAGCAAAGUAUAAAGCAACUCUUGAAAUCCCACUUUAGUAAUCCAAACUAUCGACUAAUGGAUGCAAUUCGUCACUAUUCAAUCCUCUUUUUCGAAUAUUUCAAUGAUAUAGAAAUACCAGCAGAACACCAUUUCAUUUUCGAAACUGAUGAAAAUAAAAUUGUUCAAUUAUUUAUCAAAAGACCAUAUCAUAUAGUUCACUUUAAAAAACUUUAUAAAUUUAGAUACAAUAAUGACACAACAAAAAUCAAAAAAUUUAUCUCAAAUGCAUCCAGAUCAGAUAUUAGAGCCGACUUUUUUUACACCUCUGUUUUAAUUACUGGUAAUAUGGAACUUAUCACCUAUCUUCACAGCUUAUCCUCCAUUGGUCUUGUAAUUUGUGGUGUUUUCCCAAUGGUCUAUUAUGUUUCAAACAGUUUAGAUUCUCCAGAGGUUGCAAACUUUUACUAUUCUAAAUUCAAAGACUAUCUCAUCUACAAAAACCUUAAUCGUUGCUGGUUGUAUUUCACCAACCUUGGUGCUUUAGAGGCUGUCGAAAAAAAUAUGGUUACCUUAGAGAGAAAGUUUUUAGUAGGAAAUUUUACCAAUCAAGAUCCAUUAGUUAAAAAGAACACCCUACAAUUAGACAUAUUAAUUAGAGCUUUAAAUAACCCAAAUGUAUAUCAAGUUGAAAAAGGAUUGGAUAUUAACACCUAUAAUGAUGUAAUUGUAGAAUAUAUUUCACAAAAGAAACUUGACACGGUAAUACAACUUUUCACAACAUUUAAAUUCAAGGAAAUUACAUUCACCAAACUUUUCGAUGGAAACAAUCAAAGAAAACUUAAACACCUUACCAAAUGGAUAUUCGAUCAUUGUCAUGAAACACCAACUAUUGAAGUAAACAAUGCCAAAAUAGUAACUACUUUUGAAAAUGGUAAUUCAAUAACCUUUGUUAUUCCAGUCACCCACCUAAUCCUCUCGUUAGCUUGUAUUGGCCACUACAACUUUUUAUUCCAGAUAAUUAAAUCAAACACAACCCAUCUAUUGACACUUGUUAACAAUAUGAAACCAGAAUCAAUCGAUGCUUAUUUUGAAGUCUCCUUUAUACCAAUUACAGCUUUAAUUGAAUGCUUUAAAUAUUCAAUUGACCAUUUAAAACCAGAUUCAAAUAUCAAAGAUUACUGUCACAAACUAAUGUAUAUUGCUGCAAAUGAAUCUCAUCUCCCACUCUUUACAUUAAUUAAUUCAAACUAUAGUUUCCUCCUUAAUAAUAAGGAACCAACAAGUGAAGAUAAACUUUGUUUUGAAAAGUCAAAAUUAAAAGAAAUUUUAGAUUGUGCACACAAAUCAAAAGAUCAAACAAUUUAUAAUUUAUUAAAAAAUUAUAUUCAUAUCGAACCAGAAAAAGGCAUUUUUAGUCUUUUUUAUAAAAAAAAAUAA